CUUCCUGGGCCCUGCGCUCUGCCACUCCCACUGUGCCUGCGCACAGCCCUUACACAAGGAACACCUCCUCCCACGGAGGCGAUCGAUGUCUGUUCUCCAGGGUAAUUCACAAAGAUUAACAUUUUUGGAAACAAUUCUGUGAUGUUUCAUCCACCCUCAAAGUGAUGUGGACAGAACUUCUCAAAUUUGAGUAUUAUAUCAACUGGACCCAGCAGUGUGUCUUAAUGUUCACUUAAAUCAGAACUUGUAUAAGAAAGAGAAUGGGAAUCUGGUUAAAUAAGGAUGACUACCUCAGAGACUUAAAAAGAAUCGGUUUCUGUCUUCUGAUAGUGUAUAUGGCCGUUUUAGUGGGCACAGAUCAGGAUUUUUACAGUUUACUUGGAGUGUCCAAAACUGCAAGCAGUAGAGAAAUAAGGCAAGCUUUUAAGAAGUUAGCAUUGAAGUUACAUCCUGAUAAAAACCCAAACAAUCCAAAUGCACAUGGCAAUUUUUUAAAAAUAAAUAGAGCAUAUGAAGUGCUCAAAGAUGAAGAUCUACGGAAAAAGUAUGACAAAUAUGGAGAAAAAGGACUUGAAGAUAAUCAAGGAGGCCAGUAUGAAAGUUGGAACUACUACCGUUAUGAUUUUGGUAUUUAUGAUGAUGAUCCUGAAAUCAUAACAUUGGAGAGAAGAGAAUUUGAUGCUGCUGUGAAUUCUGGAGAACUGUGGUUUGUAAACUUUUAUUCCCCAGGAUGUUCGCAUUGCCAUGAUUUAGCUCCCACUUGGAGAGACUUUGCUAAAGAAGUGGAUGGAUUACUUCGAAUUGGAGCUGUUAACUGUGGUGAUGACAGAAUGCUUUGCCGAAUGAAAGGAGUCAACAGUUAUCCCAGCCUGUUCAUUUUUAGGUCUGGAAUGGCUGCCGUGAAAUAUUACGGAGACAGAUCAAAGGAAAGUUUAGUGAAUUUUGCCAUGCAGCAUGUUAGAAGCACAGUGACAGAACUGUCAACAGGAAAUUUUGUUAACUCCAUACAAACUGCUUUUGCUGCUGGUAUUGGCUGGCUGAUAACUUUUUGCUCCAAAGGAGGAGAUUGUUUGGCCUCACAGACACAACUCAGGCUUAGUGGCAUGUUGGAUGGUCUUGUUAAUGUAGGAUGGAUGGAUUGUGCCACCCAGGACAACCUUUGUAAAAGUUUAGAUAUUACAACAAGUACUACUGCUUAUUUUCCUCCUGGAGCCACUUUAAACAACAAAGAAAAAAAUAGUAUUUUG